AAGUAGCAAGCCAGCGCUCGCACCUCCGAUUCCGACACUGCCUCGGUCGCGCACCACCCCCGACUCCGACUCCGACUCCUAUCCGGCGAUGAGUAAUUAAGCUAUAUAUUCAAUAUGGCGGAGGAGGAGUCUUCCACGUCGACGGAGGACUAGACGAGCAGCAUCCUCCGGCGAAGAAGAUGUGGCUGUUGCCGCAGGAGGAGGUGGACCGGAUCCUCGCCGAGUCCAACGAGACCGUCUGCACCGUGUACCGGGAGCUGAAGCGCGCCAACCCGUCGCUGGUGCCCUCGCCGGAGGAGGAGAAGGACGAGUCCACCAUGCUCCUCUACACCUGCGCCCGCAACGCCUACGAGGAUGAUGCCAAGUUCGCCAAGUUCCAGGCUUGGGUCUGCGACGAGUACGCUCGAAAAGGAUUCGUGGAGGUGGACUACGACUACUUCGGUGAGAGGGCAGAGGUGUUCAGGCUCUACGAUGAAGCACGGGAGGAGGUGAUGGGACACUGGGAUCAUCCUUCAGAUAGCGACGAUGACGACGAAGACUGGAAGCUUUUCAUUAGGGCAAUUAGGAGGACCUUCGUCUGAAUCGAAUCUCAAACCCAUCAUCACAGUUUCUCUAAUCUUAUUAUUUGUAUUGUAAGAACAAUUCAAUGUACGGAUGCAACAGUUUACCUCUGUAUGAUAUCUAUUCACAGAAAUUUAAGUGUGUUGUGCUGAUCGACAUCAUUUUUUGAUUGUUA